AGGGCGGAAGGAGGGUGGCCCGACCGCUGUAGCCGGUGAGGCCGGCGGCGCUCUAUGGCGGCGGGUGGGUAACCGGGCGGGGCGAUGGGGGGACCGCGGUCUGAGAGGACGGGACCCGGGCCUGAGCUCCGGCUCCCACAGCCUCCUUUCUGAGGACCCAGGGACCCACCUCUGCCUCCCCAACCGCAGGAUGGACGAGGAGAGCUUGGAGACGGCCCUGCAGACCUACCAUGUGCAGCUGCAGCAAGUGGAGCUGGCCCUGGGCGCUGGCCUGGAGGCAUCAGAGCAGGCCGACCUGCACCAGCUGCAGGGGGACCUGAAGGAGCUGAUCGAACUCACUGAAGCCAGCUUGGUGUCUGUCAGGAAGAGCAAACUCCUGGCCACGCUGGACCAAGAGCACCCGGCCCAGGAAGAUACCGAGUAUCUGGCUUUCCAGAAGGCCAUCUCUGAGGUAGUGGAGGUACCAGCAGCCACAGAGGCAGAAUUGGAGACUGUUUCUAAAGAAGAGGUAGGGCCUGAACCCAGCAUCCCCCAGCAGGAGGAAGAAGAGGGGGAGGAGGACGACGAGGAAGAGUUGAGUGGGACAAAGGUGAACGCCCCCUACUACAGCUCAUGGGGCACCCUGGAGUACCACAAUGCCAUGAUUGUGGGCACAGAACAGGCAGAGGAUGGCUCGGCUGCUGUCCGGGUGCUGUACCUCUACCCUACACACAAGUCCUUGAAGCCCUGCCCAUUCUUCCUGGAGGGGAAGUGCCGCUUCAAGGAGAACUGCAGGUUCUCCCAUGGGCAGGUGGUCCCUGUGGACGAGCUUCGCCCCUUCCAGGACCCAGACCUGAGCUCCCUGCAGGCCGGCUCCGCGUGUCUGGCCAAGCACCAGGACGGCCUGUGGCACCCAGCGCGGAUUACUGAUGUGGAUAGCGGCUUCUACACUGUCAAGUUUGACUCGCUGCUGCUGAAGGAGGUCGUGGUGGAGGGGGACAGCGUACUGCCCCCGCUGCGCAUGGAGCCUGCAGAGUCCUCCGACUCAGACAGCGGUGACGGGGGCGACGGGGACGACUCCAGCUACGCCAGAGUCGUGGACACCGGGCCCACAGCGGACGGGAUGUGCAGCGCUGCCUUCGCCGGAUGGGAGGUGCACACACGUGGCAUCGGCUCCAGGCUCCUCACCAAGAUGGGCUAUAAGCCUGGGGGUGGUCUGGGCCGAUACGCUCAGGGCCGGGUGGAGCCCAUCCACACCGUGGUGCUGCCCCGAGGGAAGUCCCUGGACCAGUGCACGGAGGCCCUCCAGAAGAGGGUGAAGGGCGGCAAGGGCACCACCCACAGGCCCCCCAAGUGUCGGGGGAAGGGGGCCGUGCAUGCCGGCCGCCGGCCCCCUCGGGAUGUGUUUGACUUCCUAAACGAGAAGCUCCAGGCCCAGGCUCCAGGAGCCCUGGAGGUGGGGGCAGGUCCCCCACGGGCAAGGGGCGGCAAGGAAGCCUACCACGCCAGCAAGAGUGCCAAGCGGGCCCUGAGCCUUCGGAUCGUUCAGACCGAGGAGCAGAUCGGGAGGACCCAGAAGGACAUCCGGGGCAUCCAGGAGGCCCUUGCCCGCAACGCCGGCCAGCACAGCGUGGUGGCGGCCCAGCUGAAGGAGAAGCUGGCAGGCGCCCAGCGGCAGCUGGGGCAGCUCCGGGCCCAGGAGGCGGGGCUGCAGCGGGAACAGAGGAAGGCAGACACCCACAAGAAGAUGACUGAGUUCUAGAGCCACAACCACCGCUGCCAGCCUCUGGGAAGGACCCUGGGAAGACCUGCUGCCCUGGAGAGACCCCUGUAGGGGCCUCGUGCUCCCGGGCUGGGCCAGCGCCACCUCUUGCCGGCCGAGCCCACGGUCACUGCCCACUGGAGAGAGGAUGGGGGUCCCCUCUGGACACGUUUGCCAGCGUCUUAAGGUUUCUUGAGCCAGGACAUUAAAGUGAUUUCGUGACGUGCUUCUCAGUGGACACUUGGCUGCUACAGGGUCUUUAGGGGAGAGGUUUCUGCAAGGGCUAUGGGGAAAGGUGGACUGGGCUUGGGGGGGUCUGGAGGCACCCAGGACGGCUGGUAUCUCCAUUUUCCUCCGGAUGGGGCUGCUUACCAUCCUCUCAUGUUGGCAGACACCCCCAAGACAGGGUGGGGCAUUGGGGCUGC